GAGAUGUGACGUCACAGCAUUAGAUAAGACAAAAUGAAUUAAUAAUCAUUUAAGACCCAAAUACUUAACCAGACAGCUGCUUAUCAAAACCAGAAAGAUGCUGUUCAAAUGUUUUAUGGUCGUAUUAAUUCUACUGCAGAGCUCUUUGUUAGGAAGUGGCUCAAAAAAGGCUUUUACAUUGAAACCACCGCCCACAAAGCUACCAACCCACGGAUGCGGCAUACCUGUUGUUCAACCAAUUACCAGUCGUGUUGUAGGCGGGACACCUGCUAGACCCGGAUCAUGGCCAUGGAUGGUCCUUAUCGCUGAUGACCUAGGAUUCGUUACAGGCUCAGGUGUGUUAUUACAUCCAAAUGUGAUUCUGACUUCGGCUCAAAACUUUGAAGGACCAAAUUACACCCUAAAUGAUCUUAACCUGGAGUACUGGAGAAUAUACGCUGGAGAGUAUAACAAAGCAACUACGGACCCCCACGAACAGUUUUACGGAAUCAGUCGGGUUAUCAUACAUCCUUCAUACAACGCCACAUCCUUGUAUUGUGACGUUGCCCUUAUUAUUACAUCACAACCAAUUAUUUACAACGAGCAUACGAAACCAGCAUGUUUGUCGAAACCCGGUCACGCUUUUGCCGUCGGUGAAGUUUGUUACGUGGCUGGAUGGGGUAGUACUCGAGGUACAGGCAAUGAGGAAAUUUUAAAUCAACUUCAAGUUCAAAUCUUAGAUGAUACGAUAUGUGAGAAAGAAUACCAAAAUUUUAAUAGAUCUUCCACUUGGCAAAUAUGCGCCGGUUUUCAGAGUCAAAGAAAGGGAUUGUGUGCUGAUGACGUUGGCAGUCCAUUAAUGUGUAAGGACAACAACGGAAUCUGGUAUAUACAAGGGCUUGUUUCUUAUCCUUUGGACUGUAAGUCGGCAGCAAGGCCAAUCGUGUUUCAGGACGUUUUCAAGUAUUCGCAAUGGAUACAGACAACAAUGGCACAAGCUCACCACCCUUAUAUUUUUGGAUAAGUGUCGUGUGUAAUAUGACUUCACGCUUUUAAAGCUAGUGUAUAUACUGUAAUUGUAAUUAAUAUCUUAUUUUUUAUUAUUUCAAAGCAAUUAAUCUACAUUUUAAAUAUUAAUAUUCAAUGACAACAAAAAACAUUCAAUAUAUUUUAUUUGUAUUUAAUCAAUGAAUUGGAGAUAAUAUGAGUAACAUUUCUUGAUCAAGUACUCUUCAAAAGGGAGGACGGCUCGUUAUAUAGCAUGCAGUGACCACUACCGUCCAUGGAGAGGCUCAGACAAACCGAGCCUGCAACAUUUUCAAUUUUGCCGUUUUGGGUUUUUGGGUGUUUUGUCUAUUUAAGAAAAUAGAGAAACAGAAACCUUAAAGACAAGACAAGAUCAACAAGGCGGGAGGUCGG